GGUAAGCAUGACGAAAAUUCCUGCUAUUGGUUCGAGAUGCUAUACUUUAAGAAGAGGCAUGCUUUUCUCUACACAUCUCAUCUUCGUAUUGUUAUUUUUGACUGUAAAUUUUGGUUGUUGUCAAGUAAAUAACGAAGAACAUCUUUAUAAUUUAACUGAUACAUUGAGAAAACUUCUUCAUGGAUACGACGUAAGAUUGCGCCCUAAUUUUGGAGGACUUCCUUUAUACAUUGGAAUGGAUUUAGUUAUUGCAAGUUUUGAUAGCAUUUCUGAAGUGAAUAUGGACUAUACUCUUACUCUCUACUUGAACCAGUACUGGAAAGAUGAAAGAUUAGCCUUUGGUGAAGAAAACCAUGAACUUACGUUGUCUGGAGAAUUUGCAGAAAGGAUUUGGGUUCCAGACACAUUCUUUGCCAACGACAAGAAUUCUUUUCUACAUGAUGUCACCGAAAAAAACAAGAUGAUUCGGCUCCAGUCCAACGGCUCCAUUGCAUAUGGAAUGAGAUUUACAACAACGCUAGCUUGUAUGAUGGACCUGCACCAUUACCCAUUGGAUUCACAAAACUGCACCGUAGAAAUAGAAAGUUAUGGUUACACAGUGCGUGAUGUUGUGAUGUACUGGACAGAUACUCCGGUCGUUGGGGUGGAAGAAGCGGAGCUUCCACAAUUUUCUAUAAUUGGUUACGAGACGACAGAUCGUAUGGAGACUUUAGCAACCGGAACAUAUCAAAGACUCUCUCUUAGUUUCGAGUUAAAAAGAAAUAUCGGGUAUUUUAUAUUCCAAACGUAUUUGCCUUCCAUUCUUAUUGUAAUGUUAUCCUGGGUUUCCUUUUGGAUCAAUCACGAAGCUACCUCAGCCAGAGUUGCUUUAGGCAUUACUACAGUAUUAACAAUGACAACUAUCAGCACUGGUGUUAGAUCAGCUUUACCAAGGAUAUCCUACGUCAAAGCUAUUGACAUUUACUUGGUGAUGUGCUUUGUGUUUGUGUUUGCAGCACUUUUAGAAUAUGCAGCUGUCAAUUAUACUUAUUGGACCGCCAGAGCGAAGAAAAAAACAAAGAAUUUAAAAAAGCAGAAAACUGCUUGCGAUUACAGUAGUAGUUGCGAAAAGGAGGAUGUCAUCGAGUUGGAAGACGUGAAGAAUUCUCCAGCAUCACUAGUCCGGAAUAGACAGAGAGGUCAAGAGUCGGAUCCUUCUUUCAGAACAAUUAGUAUGGGGCAUAGAAUUUCGGCAUCUCUGAAGAAUUUAACUGGAAAUAAUAGUAGAAGGAGGAAGAAUGACCAUUUUCAUGCGGAAAGACCGAAAGUUUUAAAAAAUAUUCGCAGGGGUGCGAGUGUUAUUAGAGCUUCUCUACCGAAAAUAAGAGAUGUCAACAAGAUCGACAGAUACUCACGUUUCAUUUUUCCCGUUUCUUUUCUUGUUUUUAAUGCUUUUUAUUGGUGUUUCUACGUCUUAUGAUUGUUACAAGCUAUGUUAUAUAAUUUGGAAACGUAAUAAUUAACAUAAUUUAAUUCAAUUAUCAAGUCAACUUUAUCUCAAUGUAUAUCUUUCUUUCAUUUCUAGAUUCUUCAUAAUUCAUAUUCUGACACUAAAUAUUCAUGUUCUAUAUUAAUAAUUUUAUAAUAUAAAUGAUUCAAAAAAAUAUUUCUGAUAUGAAAGA